CACAAUCCCAACUCCUCAACCUUUCUCCUAACAGGCUUCCCCGGCCUAGAAGGAGAAUAUUCCUGGCUCUCUAUUCCCUUCUCCUGUAUUUACAUGAUGGUACUUUCAGGGAACUGCCUGGUGCUGCGUGUGAUUCAUACAGAGCCGAACCUGCGUGAGCCCAUGUUCUACUUUCUGGCCAUGCUGGGUCUCACUGACCUGUGCAUGGGGCUGUGUACAGUACACACAGUAUUGGGAAUUUUAUGGGGUCUCAGCCAGGAGAUUAGUCUGGAUACCUGUAUUGCUCAAACCUUCUUCAUUCAUGGUUUCUCAGGCAUGGAGUCUGGAGUCCUCCUCGCCAUGGCCUUUGAUCGUUUUACAGCUAUCUGUAACCCUCUAAGGUAUACAUCUAUACUCACCAAUGUCAGGCUCAUCAAAAUUGGGCUGGGAAUUUUAUUUAGGAGUUUUGUGUUCAUCAUGGCACCCAUAAUCCGCCUAAAGCUUUUUCAUUACUGCCAUUCCCAUGUCCUCUCUCACUCUUUCUGCCUUCACCAAGAUCUGCUGAGACUAGCCUGCUCUGACAUCCUCUUCAACAGCUUCUAUGCCUUGGCUCUGGUGAUUUGUAUGCUUUUGUUUGAUUCCGUGUUAAUUAUCAUAUCGUACAUGCUGAUCCUGCAUUCUGUCUUGGCUAUUGCAUCCCGAGAAGAGUGGCUCAAGCCCUUGCAGACCUGUGUUUCUCAUGUCUGUGCUGUCCUGGUCUUCUACAUCCCAAUCAUUGGCCUCACCAUGGUGCAUCGCUUUGGGAAGCACCUCUCUCCUGUGGUCCAGGUCCUCAUGGGCAAUAUCUACAUCAUCUUCCCACCUCUCAUGAACCCUAUCAUCUAUAGUGUGAAGAUGCAACAGAUCUGUGUCAGGAUUCAGAGGUGA